CAGGGAGCUGCUGCCGAUCGAUUCCUCGACAGUUUGUCAGGUUUCAUCAACGGUUUGGACACAAAGAACAACGUCAAGAUCUGGUUCAAUAACAAAGGCUGGCACAGCAUUGGAGCAUUCAUCAACGUGAUGAAUAACGGAAUCCUGAGAGCAAACCUGCCCCAAGGUCAGGACCCCAGCAAGUUUGGAAUCAGGGCGUUUAACCAUCCUCUGAACCUGACCAAAGAGCAGCUGUCCCAGGUCGCACUGGUGACGACCUCUGUGGACGUCCUGGUGUCCAUCUGUGUGAUCUUUGCCAUGUCCUUUGUCCCGGCAAGCUUCGUGGUCUUCCUCAUCCAGGAGAGAGUCAAUAAAGCCAAACACAUGCAGUUCAUCAGCGGAGUGCAGCCGCUGCUCUACUGGGUGGCCAACUUCAUGUGGGACAUGUGUAACUACGUUGUUCCAGCGACACUCGUCAUUGUCAUCUUCAUCUGUUUCCAACAAAAAGCCUACGUGUCGUCCACCAACCUGCCGGCCCUCGCUCUGCUGCUGCUUCUCUACGGGUCAGAUACUACACUGUACCACACU